AUGCCUGCGUCAAUGAUAGAAUCACCAGCCGUUGCGCUGUCUUUCGCAAACAACUUCUGGGGCAAGGACGAUGCUGGAGUUACACCACUGCUGGCUCGCAUGGCAGCAGCCAAGACGACAUGCGAUGAACUAAGGGCAUUCUACGGUGCGCGAGCAUCGAUCGAGGAAGAAUACGCCCGCAAGAUGAUGAACUUGUGCCGGAAGCCGUUGGGAUCCCAGGAGACGGGCACCCUGAAGACAUCACUGGAUACUGUCCGAGGCGAGGUCGAGCAAAUGGCCAAACAACACCAGAACAUCUCUGCGGAGAUGAAGAGCGAACUUGAGGAGCCGCUCGCCGCCUUCACCGGUGGCAUGAAGGAGCGUCGCAAAAUUAUUCAGAACACCGUUGAGAAGCUACUCAAGACGAAGACGCAACAGACACAGCAUGUCAACAAGACUCGAGACAAGUAUGAGCAAGAAUGCCUGAAGAUCAAGGGCUACUUGGCUCAAGGCCACAUGGUCAUGGGCCAGGAAGAGCGUCGGAAUAAGGCGAAGCUAGAAAAGACGCAAAUCAGCCUCGCAACCUCCAACACAGAAUACGAGAACGCUGUCAAAGCCCUGGAGGAUACGACAGCAAGAUGGAACCGUGAGUGGAAGGCGGCGGCCGACAAGUUCCAGGACCUGGAAGAGGAGCGCCUGGACUUUACCAAGAGCAGCCUGUGGACCUUUGCCAACAUUGCCUCCACGGUUUGCGUUAGUGACGACUCGUCGUGCGAAAAGAUUCGACUAUCUCUGGAGACGAUGGACGUGGAAAAGGACAUUGUCACAUUCAUCAACGAGAAGGGAACAGGACAGGAGAUCCCCGAUCCACCCAAGUACAUCAACUUCUGCCGAGGCGACAUCAACGACAGCCAGUCCGAGGCUUCAGAGGACGACGCAUACUCUGUUGCCCAAUUUCCCCGGAACAUCAAUCCCGCCUUCAGGUCCUCUUCCCCCCAACCCUCGACCUUUGAGUCUCAUCACGAUCCCAACUCUGCGUUGGCCAAGGACCUUGCUCAUAGAGAAACCGGUCCUUUGAGCAGACGCGAGCCUAACCCCAUACCUCAGAAGUUGGUUCAACCACCUCCCGAUGAGACCAUUCAGGCACCUAUCCAACAGGCUGCCCAGCCUCAGCAGCUUCAGCAGUUGCAACAACUACAGCAGUUCCAACAUCCUGCUCAACAGCGCCACCAGCCACCAGCCCAGCACUCGCAGCAAGUGGCUCACCACAUGGGCCACCACAUGCCCCAGCAGAUGAGGCCUCAUGAGAUGAGACCCCUCAACACGCAGCCUGCGGACAUGAGGUUGACAGAUAUGAGGCCAACUGAUAUGAGGUACCAAGACAUGAGAUACCAGGACAUGAGGCAGCAGGAUAUGAGACACCAAGAUAUGAGGCACCAGGACAUGAGACACUCUGAGAGGCAUAGCGGCGGCAGACAAGCCUUGGAAAUGAGGCAGCCUGAGACCAGACCAGCCCUUGAGAUGCGACAUUCCGGAGAGGUUCGACCUGCACUCGAGACACGACCUUCAGCCGAGGUUCGACCUCUGGGAGAGAUCCGACCCACCAAUGACAUGAGGCAACCCGUGGAUUCCAGGACCUCGAUGGAGGUCAGGAAACCAGUGGAGGACCCUUACCGUCGCCAACAGGCGGCAGCUCACACGGGGUAUGACAUCAACCAACAUGGCCCGGUAGCCUCAGUCCCCCACGAUCCCUAUCCUUUGGACGGCAUGACCAUGCUCUGCCGAACUGGCCCAAGCCCUAUCUCGGACCGCAGCUCCCAGGUCACAUCCGCGCGACCAUCUAGCAGAGACUCCCACAGUGAUUACUCGAACCCUACCUCGCUCUCUAGCAUCGAGCCGCCCAGUGGAAAGACCUCGCCUUUCAAGCAAGAUCCUAUCAUGCCUGACCCAAUCAAGUCCAAUCCGAUGGUCAACAAACCAGACCUCGGAAGACCAGCUCCCGCCUCAGUUCCCGCCCCAGCUCCAGCUCCAGCUCCUGUUGCUGCUCCAGCUCCUACUCCUGCCUCAGCUCCUUCCCCAACCCUGGCAUCAGCCCCUAGUCCCGCCAAGGUCGUCGCCAAAAAGAAGAGCGGUGGCUUUUUGAAGAACCACAGUCCCUUCAGGCGCAAGAGCACGAAGGAUAUGCAGACAUCAAACAGAAACACAUGGCACGCGCCCAGUGCUCAAAACUCUGGCAGUCCAGUACGGAAACCACUCAUGUAUAAUCAAGAACCGGCAAGUGUGACGACACAGCAGCGCACUCAGAGCCCAGAACCCAUCGAUGCUAAUGCAAGCCUGGCUCUUGGUGUUGGGCAGAACGUCUUCCCUGUUUCCAACCCAGAUGCGAAGAAGCAGCCUGGAGCCGCUGCUAAGGAACCAGAGGAGACGGAUCCCAUCGCGUUGGCUCUUGCAGAACUCAAGGGCGUUACGCUAGGAAAGCAGUCUUCGGUUCGCAUCUCUGCUGAUCAUUACCAUGGCAUCUCUACACCCGCACCGGGAUCUGAAACUUCCAACUCUCGGGAAGCGGCCUCGCGAUCAAUUCCAAUCCCCGGGAACAAGGACUUGGCAGCAGCAAAGAGAGGAACACCUCCUCCGUCGUACCAGACCCAAGCUUCGACACAAAUCUCGAGGCUGGGUGUGCCUCCUCCCGCUGUAACCUCUAGGGCAAUGAAGGAGGCUACAAAGAAGGCCACUGCCCAGACCAGGAAUAUGUUUACGGAAAAUGCACGCCCUGGAUCCGGUGGCUUCAAUUCUACUGCUUCGCGAUCUAACACUCGAGCCACAGAAACAAAGCGAGCUGAGCCUGCAGCGCAAAGCACCCCUCCAGUCACCUCCAGGCCUGCGACUCGAACUACCAACCACGGCAGGGGAGAUAGUUUCAGCACCUCCCCCGUUGCCGCCAGACCGUCGACCCGGGCCACAGACCAUGGCAGAGGCGAAUCUGGUAGCUACAGCGCCUCUCCUGUGACACGACCAGCAACUCGUGCCACGGAUACUGGAAGCUAUGGCUCAGCAUCUAUGUCACGAACACCAACUCGCUCCACGGAGACAGGUAGAGCCGAACCGGGAAGCUAUAACUCGGCGUCCAUGUCACGAACGCCUACUCGAUCUACAGAGAUGGGCCGGGCUGGACCUGGAAGCUAUAACUCCGCGUCCGUUUCCCGCCCACCAACCCGAGCGACUGAGAUCGGGCGAACUGAUACUGGAAGCUAUAGCUCAGCAUCCGUGUCGCGACCUCCUACUCGAGCGACAGAGACGGGCCGAGCUGAACCUGGCAGCUAUAACUCAGCAUCUAUGUCUCGCCCAGGCACUCGCGGUACGGAUAUGAGCCGAGGAGAGACAGCUGGUUACCACACGCCACCUGUGACACGGUCAGGCACUCGGGCAACUGAGAUGUCUCGUAUGGAUACUCGUGGUUUCGACCCCCCACCACCGCUAUCACGACCUGGAACAAGAGGAAGUGACAUGUCGCGAGGAUCCGGCAUCUAUGGCUCAUCCCCAGUCUCUCGGCCCGGCACCCGAGGCACUGAUAUGCCCAGAGCUACCUCCCCGGCGCCAACACGUAGCACUUCUCCUCAGCCACCCAUGAACGAUUCUUCCAACAUGAGCUAUAGGUCGGCAUCGCCAAACCCCUAUGCCCCUAGCCAACGCUCCCCAUCUGUGAUGAGCUCUCCUCAGAAGCGUGGGUCUACCCAAGGAUACUAUCCUCAGGAGGCCACGAGCCGAGGGCCUUCUCCGUCGCCAUACGGCCAGUACAACCGACCUCAGAGUAGCUAUGCAGGUAGCGAUAUGGCGGUCCAGCUGGCGCCAACUGACGACCCCUAUGGAUCUCAGGCAAGCCGAGGCAGCCGCCCUGCUUCCAGGGCCAUGAGCCACUAUGGCGAGGGCAGUCCUCGUCAACGCAGCCAGAGCGUGGCUGACCCCUCACGACUCUACACUACUGACGGUAGACCUAUCUUGCAUUAUGCACGUGCAUUGUACAUGUAUCAAGCAGCCAUCCCUGAGGAAUUGGGCUUUGCCAAGGGUGAUUACUUGGCCAUCCUUCGUCACCAAGAUGAUGGAUGGUGGGAGGCCGAAGUUCACGGCGGAGAUGGACGUGUCGGGCUGGUCCCAAGCAACUACCUCUCGGCAUGCUGA